AUGAUUCUCCAAUUUUACCAAAUCAUCAUUUUUAUCAGCACGAUUUCGUUGAUGGUUUACUCAUUAAUAACUACUCGUCUGGCUCAAGUCCUUCCAUUGGCACCCACCAUCGCUUAUAGAACAGCAGCUUAUAGGUCUUCCCACACAGCAUAUUAUUCACUUUCUUCUGCACAACAAUCCAAACCACUCCAAACAUCCUAUGAAUAUAUAUUCCAGUCCAUCCCAGAACUCCAACAAGCCCACGAUCGACUCUGUAAUUAUCUUGAAUCGAUUGGCGAGCCUUGCCCAUUGCCCAACCAGUACGAACUACUUGCGAGAAAAUACCUGCGGGAUAAGCAGAUUGCCCAACAGCUGAAAGAAAUUAGGCAUAUUAUGCAGGUCUAUAGGUUGGCUGGGGAACCGACUGAGCCAAUGGAUCACAAGGAGAUGCUGCUUCAAGGUCCUGGUGGACAACUGGCGAAUGUGGUUGGGCUCUCUGUGCCUUCUGCGAGUAUCCAGAUUAAGAUGAUUGAACACCGCGCUCAAGGCACGCCGGAUAGCAAGAGGCAAUACAAUCAAAACCAUAGCCUUUUGAGCAAACUAUGGAAGGCGGUCAAGAACGGAUUCAAAUGA